AUGGGUCUCCAUCUCGAUUCUCGAUGCACUUGGAGAAAGACUUACUUCAAUUUUUUGAAAGAAAUAUCUAUAAAAGACUCUUCACUUGAUGAAUUCAAGAAGAAAGCUGCGGAUUUGGCAUUGAAAUAUAGUUCCUAUUUGAAUCCGUAUGAAUUCAUGAACGAAUUAGAGAGCUUUAAAUUUCGAGCAUAUGCAAUGUUUACGCACUUGGGCAACAUGAAUGCUCUUGAUAUUCUUCAGAAAAUGCGUGAAUUGUCGCUUCAAACAAUAUAUCCAAAUCUGGACACAGCUCUCAGGAUAUUCUUAACGUUACCAGUGACCACAGCAACAUGUGAACUGUCGUUUAGUAAAUUGAAAUUAGUGAAAACUUACUUAAGGUCCUCGAUUGGACAGGAGAGGCUAGCCAAUUUGGCAAUUAUAUCAAUAGAGAGGAAUCCAUUUGCUAGUGGUUUAGAAUUUUACGAUGAUAAAAUAGAUGUUUUCGCUGAAACCAAAGCAAGAAGGGUUAAGUUUUAG